AUGUCGCAGCAUCGGGCUCUCCUUGUACCAGAUGUCCUACUGGUCAUAUUCGAGCAGGUGAAUCACUCGACGGAAUUUAGACGGUCGAGUCGAAAAUACCUUGCAGCGCUUGCUAGCACAUGCAAAGCCUUCCACGAGCCUGCAAUGGAUUUGCUUUGGGCUGACAUGAAUGGAAUAGACCCGCUGUUAGGUUGUGUUACAAGACUGCAUCCAAUGAUAUAUGGUGGCGAUAAAAAGCACGAUUUUUCAACGCAGCACUUCUGUUCUCAAUCUGUCGAUCCUCUAUCUGAGCACGAGACCCGUCAGUUUUUGCGCCAUGCCGCCCGUGUGCGCUCAAUUUCCAUAACCCGUGAUAGUCAUUUUCACCUUAUCUCAACUCUACCCGUCGAUAUAUGCAUCUUCCCAAGACUGCUGUCACUGUCAACGAUUAGAACUCUACUUCCACCCAGAUACUUGCAUCUAUUUCUGUCCCCUAUGCUGCGUCGUUGCGUCAUACCGGAGAUUCAGCUGGAUCUGAAAGUUCUCGUAACCCGUUGUGCUGCCUUGGAGGACUUAUCCAUCAUAUUUCAGUGUGGUCCAUCACGUGAAAUUUCCCCACUGUCUAACAGUACUAGUUUCUGUUUGUGCAAGCAGCUGGUAAAUUUGCGUUGUCCACCGGUCGACUGGGCGACAUGGAAGGACCUCUCUAAGCUCCCUACCCUUCUCACAGUAUGGAUUCAUGGCAAAGUCCUUUACCCGUUCGGCAGCGACGAUUUCAAUUCCGUACCUUCCCUGAAGAUCACGCAUCUUUAUUUCUCGGUUGACAGCGCAGCAUACAUUAUCGCAGUCAUGCGCAACUUUGAAUUUCCCUUGCUGAAGGGGGUCAAGGUCAAUGUGGAUACUUUGCAGAGGGCAGAGGCUGACCUGCUCUUGCGUGCCCUGUCACAGUGCAGUGCAUGUCAGACCCUCGAACGCGUUGUCAUCUUCGCGGGUGAAUCACUGGUCCAGGAACGCUCAGGAAAUUUGUUUACACCGAUCAGACAGUUGUUUUGUUUCAGGCAACUCCGAGUCCUGAAACUCAUUUUCCCUCAUUGCUGCAGCCAUCUUGACAACGAUCUUCUUUUUGAAGCCAUGUCAAGUUGGCCGCACAUCCGCUCGUUGGAGUUAAGAGACCUCCAUCUUCGUUCACCUGCCGUCACAUUCCGCGGAUUAUUCGCAGCGCUUCGCCUAUGUCCCCACUUGCAAAAACUGCGAAUAUUUAUGGAUGCCGCACAUAUCGAUAUUGAUCCCACAACCGAGUCAUUUCAACACACCUCCCUACAUGCAUUGGAUCUUGAGUCCCCUGACGUCAGGGAUGCCGAAGCUAUCGCUCGCAUCAUCUUCUACAUGCUCCCUUGCGUCCACAAAAUUAACCAAGUGUAUGGUGGAAGCCAAUGCUGGGAGGCCUGUGAAGAGGUCAACAGGCAUCUCAUAACUUUCAAAUCUUCUUCCGUUAUUGGCCGUCAAAUCAUAGGAGCAUCAUCUUCGCAGUCCUGA